UCCAAGACAUCGCCCUCUAAGGAGGCUCGAAGCUCAGGACCUCAGGAUGGGGGAUGAGGAGAAGCGCAACAGGGCCAUCACGGCCCGGAGGCAGCACCUGAAGAGCGUGAUGCUGCAGAUCGCGGCCACGGAGCUGGAGAAGGAGGAGGGACGCCGCGAGGCCGAGAAGCAGAACUACCUGUCGGAGCACUGUCCCCCGCUGCACAUCCCGGGCUCCGUGUCUGAAGUGCAGGAGCUCUGCAGGCAGCUGCACGCCAAGAUCGACGCGGCCGAGGAAGAGAAGUACGACAUGGAGGUGAGGGUGCAGAAGAGCAGCAAGGAGCUGGAGGACAUGAACCAGAAGCUGUUCGACCUGAGGGGCAAGUUCAAGCGGCCCCCGCUGCGCAGGGUGCGCAUGUCGGCCGACGCCAUGCUCAAGGCGCUGCUGGGCUCCAAGCACAAGGUGUGCAUGGACCUGCGGGCCAACCUGAAGCAGGUCAAGAAGGAGGACACCGAGAAGGAGCGGGACCUGCGCGACGUGGGCGACUGGAGGAAGAACAUCGAGGAGAAGUCGGGCAUGGAGGGCCGCAAGAAGAUGUUCGAGUCCGAGUCGUAGCCCCAGCACCAUGCCCGCAGGGCACGCCGGCCUGGGGAGCGCCCGGCCCCUCUUAGCUGUCAAUAAAGGAUGUGAGUCCCCGA